AUGUUCAUCGACAACGCUCUCUGUUGCGCUGCCAUAAAUUCCUCCAACACACCGGCUUCUCCCCCUUCCCCCAGAUUUUUUUCAACUACAGAGCUACGCAAGAUACGCAACACUUAUCUUGAAAUCACAGUUCACCAAGCGGCGCAGAGUUUCCUACCAACGGAACAUAUACGCAAACUUCAUCAGCACUCACAACUCACAGAACAUCGACCCCUACCCACUGAUUCCGGAAUCAGAAUUUCCCAACUCACAGACACGCAUCUACACCGUCACCGUCACCAUCACUCACACAACGCCAUCAUUGCCAAAAUGCCAGACGACUCGCCGGACGAGAUCUUCGCCCUCAUCGACGAGUGCCUCGCGGAGCAGGACUACGCAUACUCAGAGGAACCAGAGGGCAACGGGACUGACGCACCAUCCCGACCCCCAUCGCGCGGAACCGUUUUCUUAGACUGGGACGGUACCGAUGAUCCCGUUGUAAGUAUCCGGGAUUCGUUCGGCUCCUCGCGUUAUUCGCAAGCCACUGACGACGACGAUGGGAGCCGGGCUUCUUACGGGACGAUGGCGAGUAGCUAUGGGGAACGUGGGUCCGCGCAUGUACACGAACCGAGCGUGCGUAUGAAUCCCAGCGAUUUUCGACGUCGAACCGUUUCUUCUGCGUCGCCGCUUGCGCUUACGGAAAUGGUUCGGCGGCAACGGCUCCAUCCCCAGCUCCAUCCCCAGGUCAUGCAACACCAUCAGCAUCAACACCAGCACCACCCAAACCCAUCCCACCAUCACCAUCACCAUCACUCGCCCAACCCACACACCCACCCCUCCCGCCCCAUCCCGACCCACAAACUCCACGGCCACGACCCCACCACAAACUUCACCUACUCCUACAACGGCCGCAUCAUCCACAUCCACCGCCCGCCAAUCCGCCGCUCCGUCUCCCGCGCCAGCUCGAGCGCGUACUCGGAGUACUACGCGCUCGAUGCACGUGCCUAUGACGCGGGGAAGGAGUUUGUUGUUGUGGAUGGUAGGGACGCAGGUAGGGAGAAGGGCAAGGGGAAAGUUAGUGUAGAUAGGAAUAAGCCCCUGCCGGAAGUACCCAAGGAGCGGGUAGAGCGGGAGGUGAGGAAGAGGGAGAAGGUGGUGGGGUUUAUUCGACGGUUGAUGCGGGUGUUGGAUGAGUCGGGGAGAUUGGCGAGGUUGAGGUGGAGUUUGUGGGGUGGACAGAGGCGGGGAGGGAAGGGGGGAGAAGGAGAGGAUGAGUGGGUGGCGAGGGGGGGGCUGGAGCACUUUUGUUUCCAUGCGGCAUCGCGUCAAAGGAGGCAAAAACAUACAACACCACGCUAUUCGCAGCUGGUCACCCACGCUACUACUCAACGGGCGCUACACGGCUUAUAUUUGGUCGAUCGGACGAGAGGCCUAGCUUUCCCCCUAGACAUCGACUCGACAGAGGGUGGAAUACACUGUUCCCAGCAUCCUGAUUCCCAAUUCAGGCCAUUUACCCAGGUUCCGUAUUCCUGUUUCGGUUUCUCCAUCAUCUCAGCCACCAACACACUACAGCAACGCCACCAACAGCGAUGCUGCUUCCAGCCAAUGUCAGACACGCGAAAAGAGUCAAAAUUUCAAUUCACCACUCCACGCGACGCGCCGCACCCACACUCCAACCCACCUCAACCAACCCUUCUCGGCCAUCCCAACUCUCCCUCAAACCUAAUAGAUAAUGCCCACAAAUUCAAUCCGCCUCUCCCCCCACUUCGUGCAGCCGCUGGAAGCGCAGCCACUAGUGGGUAA